AUGGAAAACUGUCCACUGUAUGUGCUAGGUGACCUAGUUUUUUUGCUUGAUGAAUCUAUCAGUGUUGGUGCAUCACAUUUUAACAAGUCUCUAGAGGCCAUAGCUUCAGCUGUCAACAACCUGGCCAUUGGGGCUAAUUUGACAAGAGUUGGAUUUGUGGUGUUUGGUGGUAACCAAACAACCAAUAGAACUAUUUUUGACAUGAAUUAUGACAAGGCAGCCAUCUUGAAUGGCAUCUUGAACACAAAACAUGACCCAGGAAUUGCCAACACAGUUAGUGUACUAAAAUAUAUUUGUGAAAAUAAAUUCACAGAAAGUGCUGGUGGACGAACUGAUAUUCAAAAUUACCUUGUUGUGCUUUCUGAUGGACGAUCAGCUAAUCAUGAGGAUAUAAAGAUUCAGGCUGACCUCUGUAGUACAGCAGGAAUAAGAAUAAUUGGGGUACCAAUAGGGGAUGCUGCAAACGAUGCUUUAUUAAAAGCCAUUUCAUAUUUUGAUCCAAGUUACUAUGUGAAGACAGUAUACAAUGAUCUAGGACCUACUAUAGCAGCACUGGUUAAUUCUUCUGUAGACUGCAGCUCAGGAUUUUUCCUGAAGUCCUGGAAAACCGGUCAUGGUCUGGCAGACAAUGCUGUUCUCAAUCAAUGGCAGAUCUCUAGUCUGAUGCAGGAAAACAGGAUAACAGAGUAUGUUGUCUCAGACCAGUGUAGUCUGACGGGAGGGAUGUUUAGUGGAGCAACAGAUGGCUGGGUUAAUGAAUGUAGCCUUGGUGUUAAGACAUUACCAAUACAGAGCCCACAGCUGAAUUGUCAUGUGAGUGACAGAUGUACAGACAUAGACUGCUGUUUGUAUGAUACAGAAACAUUCAGACAUUAUAAUUUGUUCCUACAUCUUGACCCCUGUAACAACAGACUACAGAUUGGGAUAGAACUCUACAGCUUUGAUGUGUCUCUGCUGGACUUUGAUUUUGAGAAGAGUUAUGAAGUUGACCUCUCUGGUAUAUUCAGAAUUCUGUUUAAUGUAGAAGAUUUAGUGUAUGAAGAAAGUUAUAUUGUGAACAUGGAAGUACAUAUCUGUUGGGACAUUACUAACCCUUGUAACCUAGAAGUCACAGUGUUAAAGAACGUCAUCCUGUACAAACAGCCGUGUAAUCUCACCACAUAUUUUGCUGAAGAUGACUUUUCCCUGACCAACUGGUUUACAGACACUGGUUACCCGGCAUCUGUAACCCUGUCUGGAGAUGCUCAACAAGACUUAAUGGAGACAUUAUACAUCUUUAAUUUCCUGAACUCUCCCUUCCAAUGUCAGAUGUCUGGUGGAUGGAAUGAUACCUGUCCAGAAUCAGCAGAAAAUUUACCUGUACUUCCAAAUUCAAUUAACUGCACAAUAACAGAAGGGUGCACUGCUGUGGAGUGCUGUGUGGAAUCUGCCCGUCUGCAGAGAUAUUUCCACACUGUAUUGACCAUAGACCCCUGCCACUAUAACAUGACUGUUGGAAUAGACAGAUACACGUUCAAUGUCAAUAUUCAGGACAAACCUUGGGAAACUAUCUGGAAUGUAUGGCUGAAUGGAGUUGUAAGACUGGAUUUGAACAUAUAUGAUGUGUACAAUGAGAGGCAGUUCCUAAUCAACAUGAAUGUUAGUAUUUGUUUUGAAGAUGGAGGUCCUUGUGACCUCGAAAACAUUCCUGUCCUUGAAAACUCACUACUGAACAAAGGACAUUGUGACUUCAACACUACGUUUCCUGUAAAAGAUUUCAGUAUAUCCAUGUUUGCCGCUGAUAAAGGAUUAACCCAUGUUUCACCAUACCCUGAUUAUUUUGUGGCUCAAGUCCUCGACACUCUGAUGGUUUCACCGUUUAUGAGUGAGUCGUCAUGUGACCGGGAUGCCUCACCAUGGACACCACCUGGACAUGAUGGUUGGAAGAGAGAAUGUGCUGCAGUAGAAAAUUACUACAAUCUUUAUGAUACUGGUUCCAUUGACCUACUUAGAGAAGGGAAUUGUAACGGUACCAUCUGUAACAUCACGGAAACAGUCACCUCUUCCACAACAGAGACUAACUGUAUUUCUACAAGUGACUGUACAGGUUUUAGAUGUUGUGUUGAGGACACACGUCUGACAAAGUCUUUUGUCUUUGGUAUAUACAUUGAUGCCUGUAAUUUCACCUUGACCUUGGUGAUUGAAGAACUGGAGUAUGUGAUAUAUCUGGCAGACUUGAGUUUUGGUAUGUGUUGA